UUUGCGCAACACAUAACAAAUGGUGGCGGUGCACUGGUACUGUACGACAGUUCGCAAAUUCAUGCAGCUUGGGCUUACAGUAGUGCAUGAACAAGUUCCAAAUAAGUAGGAUAUAGUUGUUCAAGUGGAGUGGAAAGUCUGACUUCAUUAUUUCAGUAUUUUAGAAAGGCGGCGAAAGAUAUACGACCACAGGUUUAACUCGUAAGAGCUAACGUUAGCUCUCCAGUGCUCACUUGUUGUGGGGAGCAUGUUCACAACCCUGGCUCGAUGGUAAAAGCUUUCCCUCCGACAGUUGGCUCGCAGACUGCUUCGGGUAUGGAGGCAGAGGUCCGUCUGGAGAUUACCAACCUUGUCAGAGCUGUGACACAGUCACGGGACGCCGAGAAGGUCUUCGAUGCAUUGCGCACUCUUUCAGGUUACCUGGAUGACAGUUCACGUGACAGGGCAGAAUUCUGUCGCGCUUUCUACACACCUUUGCUACAGGCACUGGUGAAAGGUCUGAAUUCGGACUGGUUCCAUAAAAUGACGGAAUCGCAGCGCACUGCACUGUGGAGUAGUUUUUUCCUUCUUGGUCCUCCUGAUCAAGCUCUCAUGACACUCCUGGAUGCCAUUACGUCGACCUGCCCCAGUGCAGGUCUUGAGCAUCUGAUCUCGGUCCUGGAGCAGUUUCUGAGCACAGGCCGUGUAGAGGUCCUGCUGUGGUCCCGGUGCGAAGGUUUAGCCAUGACCGACUCGUUGCAGAUCAGAGAGGUGCUGCUGGGCAGACUAGUGGGCCUCCCUUCUCUCACCGCCAACAAUCUCAAAACAGAAACACCUCUUGCAUUUCUGCCACAGCAAUACUGCCCCCUCCUAGCCAAUUCAGUGCUCAAUGUGCUGGAGAAAACCUGCAAGGCCCUGAGAGGUGGCCAAGACUGCUCUCUGGGGUUUGUUGGUCAGCUGCUGGGAAGAGCAUGUGCUCAAGGGCAUACAGCACUGCUCUUCAAGACGCUGAUUCCCCGACUAAGUGCCAACACGCUGUCUGAUGCUCUGUGGCGGCGAGUGAGUGCUAAGCUGCUGGAGAACGUUCCAGAUCGCUGGAUGGAAGCGGUGAUCACAGGACUCGUACAAGCAGUCAAUGAUCCCCAGACCCUGUCCAGGAUCCUGGGUAAUGUGGUCGUAAAGAGUCAGAAGGCACAGCUGGUCAUCACCCACAAGAUGCUGCUGCUGCAGUACCAUCAUAAGGAAUGCGUUUUGAGGACCUUACUGGGGUAUUUGGCUCUGGAUGCUGAGCGCCGACCGCUGCUUUGUCAGGUGCUGCGGUGUCUGUGUCAGGCGUGGAGUAACAGCAGUGCAGUCAAGCACACCACUGUGGAGCAGCAGCUGUACGUCAGCAAAGCCUUGCUGCUCUGCCUGAGCCUCCUGACAGCACAGGAGAUAGAGCAGCAACAGGAAGUGCUUUGCCAGUGCAUGCUGAGCGGUAUGAAGUGCCAUUUGGACAGCAGUGUGUUGCGGGUGCGCAGGAUCGGGAUGGUUGUUGGUGAACACAUCAGCCAGCACAUGGACACAGCUGCCACUCGCCUGUCCUUUGAGUAUGAGCAUGACGAUGAGACCAGAGCCCUGCUUCAAAUAACAGAACCAGUGGAACCGAAGCCAAACUCUGCAGACAGUGCUGAACCAGAGCUGGAUGUCCAGAUGGCCCCAUCCCCUCCAACCCCUGCUGAGUCCUCCCCUGCUGCUGCCCCCCAGCCAGACUCAGAUCUGGAUAGUGAUGAUGAGCUGACACCGUAUGACAUGUCUGGUGACGCGGUGAAGCAAACCUGUGCUCCACCACGCUAUGUACUAGACUGUCUGGAGGGUUUACUGACCUCUGAAGACCCUGACAGAGUGUGUGCGUGUCUACAGUCUGCUGAAGGGCUCUUGAGAAGACACAUCAGUACAACCAAAGAGGUCAGUGUGGAGUUCAGUAAGGUACUGCUGCACAUGGAGGACAAGUACAACACGGCCAACUUCCUCUACCAUCGCCAGAGGGCCAUGGUGGCUCUGGCCGUCACCGACCCCAUCCCGGUGUCAGAGUACCUCACCACAGAGUUCCACUCCCUCAACUACAACCUGCGGCAGAGACUGGAUAUGCUGGAGGCGAUGGCUGUAGCGGUGCAGGAGCUGUCUCAGCCGGUCACUAUUAAGACUGACAGCACUUCUCUGAUUACUGUGGUGAACCCUGUUCAGUCGAGCAGCGACCUGAAACACUGGAGGCAAGUGGUGGAGGAGCGCAUCAAGAGCAAAACCAGGCGCUUUGGCAAGGGCCCAACCCAACCUCCUCCUAAAGCCACACCAAACCGAUAUGCCCCCGUCGCAGGCUACUUCUUUUUCCCGCUGCUCAGAAACUAUGAUCGGCCACAGGUGACCUUUGACCUGUUGGGGACUGACCACAUGGUACUGGGACAGCUGCUGAGCACCCUGGGACUCAUGAUGCAUCUCGCCAUUCAUGCACCGGUAGCCACGCAGAUGGGAAAGGCCCUGUUGGACUUUGUGUGGGCAUUGCGCUUCCACAGUGAUCAGUGUGUGAGGCGAGGUGUGUUGAUGUGUGUGUGCGCUGUGUUCUUGGCCAUGCCCAGUCAAAGCCUCCUACAAGAGCUUAGCGAUGACCUGCUGGAUACAAGAGCUUGGCUAGCAGAUGUUGCAGAAACGGAUGUGGAUGCUGAUUGUCGUAACUUGGCAGUGCAGUGCCUGAUACUACAAGAGAGGAGUGUGAAGAAAGAACUAAAUCCUGACGCCCAGAUGUAAUCAUGUUUUUACUGUAAUGCAUGCAGACAUAAGCCAAGUCUGAUUUGCAAGACCUCACUUAUGUGGUUUUAUAACAAGCCGAUACUGCUGCUUCCAAUGUGUGUGUGUCUCAUGUGUUCACUGGAUGAAUGCAAAUAAAAUGUUUUUAUUUACUUUU